AUGCCAGCGUUGGAAUCAAAGACUGAUAAGCAGGCAAGAAACGUUCUCUGUGGCCUCAAUGGUACUGUUCAAAAGAGCUGGCAUGGUCAAGGCAGAAGAACCUCUCACACCGUCGUGAAGAUAGAAGUCCAAACCUGGAAUGACGAUCUGGCUGGCAAUGUCCUCGACAUAUGGGAAAAAAUCACCGCCAAGAACCUCGGCGUAAGACUUGAGAAGCUCAAUGGCUGCAGUCUUAUCGUCCAAGAUGGCUGUGUGAACAGCGAUGUGUUUUCCGGCCAACUGGAUGACGUCGAACUCCUCGUUCUGGUUGAGCUCAUCAACCUCGUCCUCAUCAACAACAGAGAUGUCUUGGGCGGCUUUUGCAGCUUCAAGGAGCGGAGGCAGAACACCAGGAAGGUAUGGGAUGAAGUCCUUACCAAUCAGUUUACAGAUUCUGCUCCAUCCUUGCUCCAAAUAAGCCUUUGCUGGGUCUUCCUCGCCGGUUAG